AUGGCUUGCUGCCUUCUGUACCGCGGUGACGUUGUGCCCAAAGAUGUAAAUGCGGCCAUUGCCUCAAUUAAAACCAAGCGAUCUAUCCAGUUUGUUGACUGGUGUCCAACUGGUUUCAAGGUGGGUAUCAACUACCAGCCACCCACUGAGGUUCCUGGGGGAGAUCUGGCCAAGAUGCAGAGGGCUGUGUGCAUGCUGAGCAACACCACGGCUAUAGCAGAGGCCUGGGCUCGACUUGACCACAAGUUUGACCUGAUGUACACCAAGCGGGCCUUUGUUCACUGGUAUGUGGGAGAAGGGAUGGAAGAGGGUGAAUUUUCUGAAGCCAGGGAGGAUAUGGCUGCUCUGGAGAGGGAUUAUGAGGAGGUUGGAGCUGAUAGCUUUGAAGAGGAAGAUGAAGGGGAAGAAUAUUAAACAGACAUGCAGACUUUGCUAAAUGUUUUGGCCUUUAUUGCACUACUCUACUUUACUUGAAUAAGUUAUUAAAUAAAGACCACCAUUUGUCAUAACACAGGCAGAAUAAAAUCUAAUAUUACUUUAAUUUAACCAAGACAUUUGUUGUCCAUUUAAGAAAAGGACAAUUUCUAGAAGAAGAGUCUGACUUUUUUUCAUUUAACUUUUUUCUUUUAGUUAUUUUGUUGUUUGUCAAAAAAGAAGGAAAUUGUUGAUCUGAAACCUUCAAAUGUUUUAAAAAGUAGCCAGUAGUUGUU